AUGUUGGACUCAGCCUUGCCCAGGUCCCCUUUCCCCGCUCUCGGGCCUCCAGGCCUGUCCAGCACCCACCUGGGCCUAUCUUUGCCUUCUCCCGGGGGGCGAUGCUCACCACCAGGUGCGCUGCGAAGCCGGACUCCUGGGACCUGCGAACGAACCAGGCAGGAGGGGGUCGGUGAUGGGAUAGGAGGGACGGAGGGAGGGGAGAAGGAAGGACCCGCGGGGCCUCCCUGGGUACCCCCGCCCAAGCCCAGGUUCUUCCCGCCGCCACGGCCGCCCCCGCCCCGCCCCGCCCCGCCCCGCCGACCAGCCCUGGGCACGGGAGCUGCAGGGGAGCGGGCCGGGGGCUGGGGAAGCAGUCGCGGGGCGCAGGCUCCUGCUCCCCGAGGGUCUCGGCCCGGGCCCGCCCCCGUCAGGCCGGCCGCGCCGCUGCGCGCACAGGAACGGCCACCUGCUGCCUCGGCCUGCGCUGCGACGGCGGGGCCGGGGUCGCCGCGCCCCGACGACGGGCUCCGCAGGCCCGGGCCGCCGCCUCCCUCACCAGCUCCUCCUGCUCCUGCUGUCCGCGCUGUCGGGACCCGCGCUCUGCGCCAGCAGCUACGAGACCGGGAACAGGUGCCUGGCCGGGAUGGCGGGCUGGAGGGAGUGAGCAGGGGCAAGUCCAGGACCCGGAGAGGGGCGAUGCCCCUCUGGGGUGCCCUCUCUGUUCCAAAACCUGGAUUCUUGUCUCAGAAUUCAAAUGCAGGGCACAGUUCUGAAACUAACCCUUAUCAAAGAAGAAUGAGAUGUCGAAGAAUUUUCCGAAGGACAUUUCCCAACUCUACUGAACACAUCAGUGCUACAACGCAUACUUCAUUCUCUCAGCAGCAAGGUGGAGAGACAGCAAUGAGUGAUCCUCCCAUAUAUACUAGAAGAAGAUACACUCCAUAUGGUAUUCCACCCCGUCAUCAGAGAAUCAACUUACACAAACGAAACCAAAUGUAUAUUAACAGGGAGGGAUGGCUAAUACCUCCAGAGAGAAAAAUGGAGGACAAGCAAGAUGACACCUCAAAGAACUGGUUCAAGGUCAUAAUUCUCUCUGGCAUAAAAUAUGAUAAGAAGUGGCUGCUGGAUUUGAUUCAGAGCCAGUGCAAUAUCCCUUUCACUCCAGUAGAGUUUCACUAUGAGAAAAUGCACGCCCAGUUUUUUGUUGAUAAUCCCGACAUUGCCUUUGAACUAAAAAAUAUCAGUGACAAGAUUUGGGAUGAGUCUAAUAAUAAGAUCACAAUCUUCAUCAGCCCCUGUGAUGAACCCCACUUGGUGACAGAGCUGAAGUCAGAGAAGAUGGACCGAAUGAAGCUGGCUAUGAACCAACAGGGUGCUACUUCUCAGCAAUUUCUUAAUAUGCCGAGACUCCCAUUUGUGCAAGGCGUGAUUGACAGCAACUUGUUGGCCCAUCCUACUGACUUGUCACUGAAUCUUAGAAGGUGCAUGGCUCCAUCCUUGGAUUUUUAUGAAGAGGACAUGACGCAGAUGUUGCCCUUGAACCAGAGUAACAGUAAACCCUAUCAGAUGUUUGGCUUCCCUGAUACUAAGGCAGCGGCCCCUACUAUUGACAGCCUGGAUGAAUCUGGAAAUGAGAUGAAGUCUUCAGGGACGGUAGUCAAGGGGCAAGACCUGGAUCCCGAAGAGAUACGUGAAGACCAAAGCUCUCUGAGUACUACCAUCCCGGAUAAGUCCAGUAACAUAAAUUCAAUUCUGGAAUUGUUCCCCAAGUUAUUAAGCCUGGAAGGACAGGAAUCUCCUAAACCAAGUCUCUGUGGCCUCGAGGACCACAAGAGUUUACCAACUUGCAAGGGGAGUUUUUUUGGAUCUGAGGCUGUGAAGACUCUGGUCCUACAGUUCCUGCAGCAGUAUUUCUUCAUCUAUGACAAUGGAGAUCGGCAGGAACUUGUUAAUGCCUACCACGCUGAGGCUUGCUUCUCUUUGACCGUCCUCUUCAGUUCCAUGGACUCAUCCUCGAGUAACUUGUGCGGGUACUUCAAGCACAGCAGAGAUAUGAAGGUUCUCAAAGAUCCUUAUAUGCAGCAGCUGCUGCUGAAGCAUAAAAAAUAUGAGAUUAUUUGCUUUCUUCAUACAUUGCCCAAAACUCAGCAUGACCUCCCCUCCUUUGUGGUGGACAUAUGUUUCCAGACAGAGACCAUGCUGUGCUUCUCUGUCAGUGGAUUGUUUAAAGAAGCAGAGGGCAGCUCUCAGGGUUGUGUUCACGCCUUCACUCGGACCUUCAUUGCUACCUAUGGCAACAGUUCUGACCUUUGUAUCAUCAACGACAAGCUGCUUGUGAGGGAUGUCCAAGGGCUUCCCAGUGCCUCCAUUCCUGUGGCCACAUCUUCUUCCGGCUGUUUGCCUGCCCUCUUUCAGGAUCAACAGAAGAUGGAGCAGACAUUCUCUACACAGGCUGGGAUGAAUGUUGAGAGCUCUCAGACGUGCCUUGAUGAUGAGCAGUGGAAUCCAGCAAAGCUAGUCAAAGCCUUUCCUGGCUCCAGGUAAAGGAUGAGAGCCCCGAGCAUACCUGCAUGCAAACAGGUCCAGGAUUCUAAGAAC